AUGCCGGCGGUGGCCUCGCGCCCGAGUCGCCAGAGCUUUGCUGUCCCAUAUGUGGACAUUACCCGACAACUGAGAGAGCGCCUUCCUUGGUGCUCCAUUGCGUUUUUGGCACUCGUUGGAACUCUCAGUUCUGCGCUUGCGGCGGGUUCACCGAAGCCGACAUGUUUGGGGGAAAAGAAACUUUCGUAUCUCGUGCUGGACGCGAAUUUAAUGGUGUUCUUCGUUACGCUUGUCCUCAACGGAGCCCCGGUUGAGCUCACACUGCUCGCAGCUGGAGCUGUCGCAUGCUUCGCUGGCCUGCUCGAACCGGGAGCUCUCUUCGAAGGAUGCGCGUCAGAUGCAGUGGUCACGUUGGCACUGUUGUUUCCGAUCAUGAAGGCAAUGGGUGACACCGGCAUCCCUGAGACACUGAUAGGCUAUGUUCUGGGAAAGACGAAGGGACUGCGGCCGAUGCUUUUUUUGAUGUUUGCGUCCGUGGCAUUCCUUUCGGGCUUCUUCAACAACACACCCAUUGUGGUCAUGAUGAUACCCGUCUUGCAAUCUCUCUGCCAACGUCGUGGGCUGCCCCCUAGGACGCUGCUCAUGCCUUUGAGCUUCGCUGCCCAAGCAGGAGGGAGUCUGACAUUGAUGGGAAGUUCCCUCAACUUCGUCGCUCAGGAAGUCUUUGCAGGCAAGGGCUACCGCAUCGCUUUCUUCACAUUCUCACCUGGCGGUGCAAUCAUUGUUUUCUUUGGUGCAGUGGUGACUUCGCUGCUUGGCCCCCGGAUGUUGGCAAGCUCUGAAGGCUCCUCACACUCAGAGGGAGAGCCAUCGGCGAGCAGAGAGGCAUCUGCCAAAGAUCAUUUCACACUACUUCUGCGCGUUCAAAGCACGAGCCCAUUAAUCGGUGUGUGCAUAAUGGAUGUUGGAUUGCAUCGUAUUCCUGGAGUGCAGGCCAUAAUUUCACUGCUGCGUGGGGGUGAUGGCACGAGCACGCACGGCCCAGACAGCCUCUCAACAAUUGAGCUACAACAGUUCUCCGACAUGCUCCUCCAGUCAAUGCAGGAGGUUUCUGAAAGGCUGGAAUACAAAGGAUGGGAUCAGUUGGCAGAUCUGCAACUUCAAGAAGGAGACCUUUUGCAGAUCGGGUGCAGUGCUGCUGGUGCGUCAGCCGUACGCCGUGUGAAAGGCUUGGAGCUCAGCAACGAAGCAGAGGUGCAUCUAUUGGGAGCGCAGCGACGCGCCAGAUCCCUUUGUGAAGUCACUAUCAAAGACGAUCUAGUUGGCAGCAAAAUUGACGCGACUCGGUGGAGGAAGGAGCUCCGCUGUGCGGUUCUCUCUGUGAAGGGUGCAGGACAGGAAGAAUCAGACCCAACGAGAAGACCGCAUCCCUGCAGUUUUCAUAACUACACGCUGCAAGCUGGUGAUGUGCUGCUGGUGGAGGCAUUCCGCGACAUGGUCGGUUCCGACGUUUGGCUAGACCACUUUGGAGUUGCACGUGUAGAACCGAACUCUGCUCCACCACGUUCUGGACAAAAGUCGGAUAUCCUGCGCGCUGCUUUCAUUGUGCUCGGCCUGAUCGUCGUGAUUUCCCUGGCAUCUUUGGGAAACAAGCGACUGAGCAUGCCCCUAAUGUCUGUCAUCUUCUUGUGCUGCAUCAUAGCGGUGAAAGGUCUCAAGAUGGAGGAGGCAUACGGCGAGGUGAACGGUACGGUAUUGCUUACCAUCGUGGGUGCCUAG